CAAUCAUGAUUUAAUUUCUUUUUCAUGCCUCUAGAAUUUUUUUGGCCUGAUUGUACUUAUUACUUUAUUAGCAUAUAUUAUAGCUUCAGAUGUUGAUUGUUCUAAGAUUUCCAUUAGAACACUGGAUUUGAAACUAUAUUUUCUAUGCUAAUAGACAAAUUUGAAUCAGAGAAACAGACAAAUUUUCUGUUCUUUGACUUCACUUUUGUAGUCUUUUUGGUUCUUGACUAUAUAUCAGAAGAGAAGAUAUGUAGCUGCAAAUGAGUUUUUUUUUUCUUUUUCAGUUUUGCAAAUGAGAAAAGAUGGGUUUUUGAUAGAUAGUAUAAUUUGAGGUUUUGUGUGAUACAGUGACUUUAGUUUGAAAUUUGUGUUUUGACAAUUUUCUAGUUAAUUGCUGGUAAAAUCAAACCUUAAAAUGGGGGCGGCCUUUUCUCAAGCAGGAGACAGACGUCCUCAGGUUUUCCUCAAUUACCGGAAAGAAGAGCUCCGCCACACUUUUAUUAAACGUCUCUUGACUGAGCUCCAAAGAAAUAACGUCAACUACUUCAUAGAUGACAAAGCGCAGAAGGGUAAACCAAUAACGGAUCUCUUCGAGAAGAUCGAAGAGUCAGCGAUUGCGCUUGCGAUCUUCUCUAAGUGGUACUCAGAAUCAAAGUGGUGUUUGGACGAGCUUGUAAGGAUGAAAGAGGGCGUGGAGGCUGGUGAACUCGUGGUGAUCCCCAUCUUUGUCAAUGUGACCCCUAGCGAGGUGAAAAACUUCAAUGGUGUGUUCGGUGUAACAUUCCAGAAGUUGAGGAAUAAAUACGGGAAGGUCCAGAUCCAGAAGUGGAAAGAGGCUGUGGAGUACAUUGCUGGCAUAAGCGGCAUGGUCUGGAACGAUAGAUAUCCCGACUACGGUUUCACUCAUCCAUGUAGCUUAUCAGAUGACGUUCUUGUUAUGCGUACUACCAGGGAGGUUAAGAAAGAGCUGUUGAGAAGAGAUCCCAAUUACGGAAAAACAGAACAUGUCGGAAGUGGAGUAACUCUUUUCGUUUCUGCUAUGUUGGCUUUUUUCUGUGGUAUCUUCUUGCCAAAACUAUUUUUAGCUGAUGGGAACCUUCGCUUCGCUGCAUCAUGGUUAGUCGGUUUUUUGGUUUUCUAUAAGGCCUUUCAGAUAAAAACCACCAAAUGUGACCACAUCAUCACCUCCUUAGAUACAUUAAGAAAAAUGUGGUAUUAUUAUAGAACCCCCAAAAAUGUUGACAAAAGAAACUCCAAAAUAAGAAAACGUUAGAUUCGCAGAGAAAGGUUUGCUUUUAUAGUUUCUUUGCUUGUGAACGUUGUGUUCACUUUUUUUCUUUCUGUUUGUGUCUUUUUAUAGUUUUGUGUUAUUUGUAGUUACAUUGUUCUGUCUGUAUACAUUAUACAUUAUACAAUACUACAUUUAAUGUAUAUCAUACAGUUUUUGUUGUGUUGUA